AUGGAGAUUACGUUUAGUUAUACAAAGAAGAGAUGCGAAUUCGGGCGACAGCCUCUAUUUUGCGAGCAGGGCCCGGAACUAUGUGACUCGGUGCCGCCUAACCCCGCCGAGCAUAAGCAUUAUAUUCUACGCAACCCGGUGCACCAGCCUACCCAGAAUACUCCUUGCUUCUCCGAGCACUACAUCAACACAAUAAGAGCGGAGUACACAACUACUGGAGCCAAUCAUGCUGAAGGUGGGUGGCCAAAAGACGUGAAUGUGGUCGACCCCGAAGCAACACAGCGAUAUCGAAGAAAAAUUGAGAAAGAUGACAAUUACAUCCAUUGUGUUAUGUCUCUAGCACCAGGUAUGGAUCACUACGUGUUGCAAAACAAUGCGAUCGAUAUGUACCGCACAUAUUACGCUGAAAUGGCGACACUGCCGCAAGUAGAGCGUAACAGUUGCCGUACUGUCAACGUGUACCGCGACCCCAUGGGCCCGCGCCCCAUCGCCGCCAUCAGCUGGCAGCCUGAUGGUGGACAACGAUUUGCCGUCGCCUACUUAGAUGUGGACUUCAAUCGCAUCUCACGAGCCUCCUUACUUUCUUACAUCUGGGAUGUGGAAAACGCCAAUGAUCCUGAAGUAGCGUUAGUGCCACCCGUACCACUGCUUGACCUGCAGUUCAAUCCACGGGAACGAAAUACUCUGGCAGGUGGACUUCUCAACGGGCAGGUAGGCGUAUGGGACCGGCGGCGCGGUGGUGUCCCGGUCAUGCUUUGCGCGCCGCACGUAGCACACCGAGAUCUUGUGCGUAACGUGAUCUUUAUCAACUCAAAGUCAGGGCAGGAGUUCUUUUCGGGAGGGCCAGAUGGUGCCUGCAAGUGGUGGGACAUGCGCAAUAUGGAUGAACCCACUGAUGAGAUGAUUAUCGAUGUAGUGAAGUCGUCGUUUGACGUGCAAACAAUGGCUAAUGCGAACGGCAUUACUGUGAUGGAGUACGAACCCACGAUUCCGACGCGAUUUAUGGUCGGUACUGAAAACGGACUGGUAGUCGGUGGCAACCGCAAGGGCAAAACUCCUAUGGAAAAGCUACCGGCGAAGUUUGAGGCGCACCUGGGCCCAGUAUGGUCGCUGGAACGAAACCCUGGAUUUCUUAAAAACUUCCUCACAGUAGGAGACUGGACUAUGCGUGUUUGGAGUGAGGAUUGUCGUGAGUCUGCUGUUCUUUGGUCGCCACCGAAUCGGCAGAAAAUAACCGCCGCAACUUGGAGCCCCACUAGGCUGUCGCUGCUUGCAGCGGUGCAGUGGGAUGGUUUGUUGGCCACGUGGGAUCUAUUACGGCGUCAACAUGAGCCUACUCUUACAAUGCACGUGUGUGACGAGCCACUUCUGCGCUUGCGCAUGCAUGAGGGGGGUGCGUUUGUGGCCUGCGGCAGCCGUAAAGGCAACGUCUACAUGGUAGAGUACUCACAAAACAUGACACAGUCUGAUAAGAACGACAAAAUACUUCUGACUGCGAUGUUAGAGCGGGAGAGUAAACGAGAGCGUAUUCUCGAAGCGCGUAUGCGUGAGAUUCGUCUUAAGUUACGACAGGCGGAGGAAGGCAGUCCAGCCGCCUCUGUCACUGAGUUUGACCCAAGUGUUGGAGAUCGCGAUCUGGCCGAGGCCACAGCGGAAUACAUGCAGGGCGUGAAGAAGGAGCUCGCUGCCAUGUAG